GUAUCACCAGCCUCUUGCUUGGUGUACCCUUAUUUGUUUUGUCGAACAAAAAUAAAAAGUGUCGUAAAUUAUAUUUUGGUGAAUAUGUAAAACAAUUUGGAAACGCAUUUCUUGAAACAAAAGUGUAAACGCAAUUUCUGUCCAAUCAUUGAAAACAAAGAGGGGCGAUUUUGUGUCACAACUGUUGUGGAUUAACAGAAAGAGUGGAUACAUCAAAAAUUAUUCUACUCUUCGUUGAUAAUAGAUUUUUGUUGUGCUGCAAAAGGCAGGAGUGCGAGGAGAGCUGUUUAUCGAAGGACUCAAGGGCGGCAAAGGCGAUCAGCGAAAUGGCCUCGACAAUGCAAUUAGAAUUUGCCCAGGCAAUGUCGGAUUUUAAAAUUAUGUUUCCGGACAUGGACCGAGAUGUGAUAGAGGCUGUGUUGAGGGCAAAUCAAGGAGCUGUUGAUGCCACCAUUGAUCAGCUGCUGCAAAUGUCCACAGAUAAUCAGAAUGAAAAACUGCGCAACGAACUGGAAAAUGUUUCGCCACAAAGAAGUCUCAUUAACCUGAGCGAUAGCGAUACCGAAGCUAUUAGCCGGCACACCAACAAACCACCAGCAACUGGUCAAUUGAUAGAUGUUGACGAUAUCGAUGGUAUUAAUAGCGGCAUGGAGAAAUCAUUGCCUGCUGCCUCGGCGCUUAUGAAUCUCAAUACCAAUUCACCGAAUCACAGCACAGGGGCUUCGCCGAAAGUCAGGCCACCUAGCCAAACAACCAAAUCAUCGCAGGGCAAUACACCCAAGCGUUCACAAGCAGUGCGCAGCCAGUCGGCCAUCAAUAGACGCUGGAACCCACCCAUGCUGUUGCCUUUGCCAACGACAUUUCUACGCCUAAAUCCCAUGAACAGUGGCGGUGGCAACACUAUUGCUUUGCCCUAUGAUCCCAAUCGGGAUUUUGAUUUGCCGGAUGAACAAUUCGCCAUGAUGCUGCAAAACGAGGAGUUUAUGAAUCAGCUGCGAAUCAACCAAGAGUUCAUGAAUGCUUUGGAGAAAGAACAUGGAGGCAAGGGCAAGCCAGAUGCCGAUGCGGACUUCAAGGAUCGUUUGAAGAACAUGGGGAAGAUGUCACGUAAAAAAUUCCUGCAAGUGGCUAGGGUAUUUACAUGGCAGCGCAAUAAAAAGGUAACAACGGCCAAACAAAUCGAUUCCUUGCCUCUCAAAGAGGAGCCCAGUGACGAUGAGGAGAACCAUCGAAAUGUCCACACCAGCAGCGAUCACUCACACACACAAAGUUCCCAACAGCAACAACGCAAAAUAAUCCAGCGAAAAGUAUGAAUAAAUGAAUAAGUAGUAUUAUAUUAACAUAAAUAUGUAGAAUGAUGAUUGUUCAUUGUAAAUCUUUCGAAUGAUAUUAAAUGAUUAUAUAAGUUUAUUAACUAACUGUAAUGCAUCCAUUAAACGAACGAAAAAAGAACAAAGCCAAAAACCAAAAGAUUCCUUUCUUGGUUUAAAAUUAAAAGAAAAAAAAAAACAAACUAAGAAAAUAUCCAUAAACAUGAGAUACAUUUAUCAUAUAGAACCACUUUAUAGCCUUUAAGAAUUAUUAAACAUUUAAUUAAAAAUAUUAGACUGAUUUAAGAAACUCUUUUUAUUUUUGCUUUAAUCUGUAUUUGAUUUCAAAGUUGAAAUGCUCCCAAAGUGCUUUUAAAAUUUAAGUAAAUAUUUUGUUUAUCUUUUAAUAAGUAAUCAAUUAAAACUUUUGUUACCUUAACUAAGAUUAUUUCUUGAAAAGUUCAUGAAAACCAAACACAUUGGAUUCAGUUCCACAAGAGCAAGUUCAAUAUACAGUCGGACCUCGAUUAUCCGGGAACCUCCAUUAUCCGGCAUAGAAAAUAUAUUUUUUUUUUUUCAAUUAACUCGAUUAUCCGUGAUUACCUCUGUUAUCCGGGAGUAUAAGCACCUUUUACGUUUGCAAGUUAGCAAAUUUUCCCACGACUAUUCCAUAAAGGAACUGGUGACACAUUUCUCACAUAUCAAUGAGUAAUGUCCAAUUCAAGUUUAAGCUCAAUGAUAAGGGAACUCCUUUUUAUAGCCGAGUCCGAAAGGCACAUCGUAGUGCGAUACCUGUUUGCAAGGGGUGUUGCACAGCUGAUUUUCUCAACAGCAUUUGAACCCGGGCAUUCUGCGUCAUAUACGGACAUGCUAUACUCUGAGCUAUGGCGGCUCCAAUUUAUUGAUUACGGUUCAAAAACAUGAAACAAAACGAAACUGGAAGUGUUUGUCUGAAAGCAGUUUGGCAUGUCAUGAUUAGAGACCGGGUUUUAUGCAAAUGCAUAUUUUGAACGGAUGAACGUAUUAAAGUCCCAAUUUGACACAAAUGUUUUUUGAGCAAAAAUAAGUUGUUUUAGGCUAUUUAGGUUUUGCAUAUUUUGCAUAUCCAUAUGCUAAACUGGUAAGGAAAGGCGAAAGUCGGGCGGUGCCGACUAUAAUACCCUACAACUACCCUAUAAACACAAAGUGGGAGCUAUAUCUAAUUCUGAACCAAUUUUGAUGGACCUCGGCGGAUGUCUUCAGAUGGGUCAUUAAAAUCCUCGUAUCAAAUUUCAAGCAAUUUGCAAAUGACAACAAAUUACCCAGAAUCUGACGUACAUUUAUAUGGUAGCUACAUCUAAAUCGAUUUUGACCAAACUUCUUAGAAAAUGUGACAGUCAUCGAGGAAAGCUUGUGCACAAUUUUGCCAAGAUUGGUCAAUAAAUGCACUUGCAGUGGCUUUAGAAGUGAAAAUCGGGCGAUAUACAUAUAUGAAAGCCAUGUCUAAAUCUGAACCGAUUUUUAUGGAGUUCACUGGUAGUAUUAAGAGUCAUAAGAGAAUUCUUCCUGACAAAUUUCGAGAGAAUCGGUUAACAAAUGAGCACUUAAUUGCAAAAUCGAACGAACAUAUAUAUAUAUGGGAGCUAUAUCUAAAUCUGACGCGAUUUCGACCAAACUUUAUAUAUAUAUGUGGUAGUUGUCGAGGAAAGCGUUUUACAACAUUUUGGGAAGAUUGGUCAAUAAAUGCGCUUGCAGUGGCUCUAGGAGUGAAAAUCGUGCGAUAUACAUAUAUAUAUGAGAGCUAUAUCUAAAUCUGUAUCGAUUUCGUUGAACUUUCCGAGUAAUGUCGAGAGUCGAAAGAAAAUCUUUCCUACCAAAUUUUAAGAGAAUCGGUUAACAAAUGACCAUUUUAUUGCAUUAUUACUGCAAAUCAGGCGAACAUAUAUAUUGGAGCUAUACCUUAAUCUGAACCGACGAAGCCUAUUGAAAUUGGAAAAAAAUCGGUUCAGAUUUGGAUAAAACUGCCAUAUAUAUGUUCGUCCGAUUUGCAGUAAUACAGCAAUAAAAUAGUAAUUUG